UAUAAAUACUGAGAAGUCGGCAGCCUGCUUUGGGGCUGCAAAGGCUUUGGAGGGGCUGCUCCAGGCGAGCUUGGCCAGAAGCGCCUGGGGAAGACAGGCGAGAAGCAAACUCUUAGCGAGAGUGCGAAGCCCCCUUCCCAGGCCCCCUCAGGCUCAGCACCUUGCCCAAGCAGCCGGCUGACUUGCAGCUGCUGGGUGUUUGGCUUGCAAAGGUGCAGGGAGCUGGGGCUGGUAAUUAAACCAGCCGACGUUAAUCUCUCCCUCUCCUACUGCAUCUGGCUUCACUCCCCAGCGCCGGUCCCACGCCCGGGGAGUGGCACUUGGGUCUCCCGUCGCACUUGGCCGGUUCCAAGCCCGUGGCAUCCAUGCCCCUUUCCCGUCGGGAGCCACCCCUGCCUGGCAGGCUGGCACCUGCCUUCCCCCUCCUCCUGCUGCUGCUGCUGGGCACUGCCCGGGCGCUGCCCCGCCAGCCCGGGGACUUCCAGGAGGUGGUGCCGGUGAGGAUCCCAGACCCGCGGGGCGGAGAGCAGGUCUCCUUCUGCCUCUCCGCCUUCAGCCGGGACUUCGUGCUGCAGCUGGCGCCCGAUGCCAGCUUCCUCGCCCCCGGGCUGAAGAUCCAGCGCCUGGGCCGGCCGGGCCAGCGGGCAGAGGAAGACGAUGCGGGGCUGAGGAAAUGCUUCUACUCCGGGACCGUCAACUCGCAGCCCGGCUCGCUGGCGGCCGUCAGCCUGUGCCGGGGCAUCCGCGGCUCCUUCCUGGUGGACGGGGACGAGUACCUGCUCCAGCCCGCAGCCCUCGGGGGCGGCGAUCCCCUGCUGCAGCCGCACCGACUCCAGAGGCGGCGGGCGCCCGAGCCCGGGAGCGAGUUGCCCGUGGGGAGCGAGCUGCCCGUGGGGACCAGCCGCCGAGCCCGGCGCUUCGUGUCCGAGGCCCGCUUCGUGGAGACGCUGCUGGUGGCAGACGCGUCCAUGGUCCAGUUCUACGGGGAAGAGCUGAAGAACCACAUUCUGACCUUGAUGUCAGUGGCUGCUCGGAUCUACCAGCACCCUAGCCUAAAGAAUUCCGUCAGCUUGGUGGUGGUGAAGGUGCUGGUUUUGGAGGAUGAGAAGGCCGGGCCAGAAGUGUCCGACAACGGAGGGCUCACACUGCGCAACUUUUGCAACUGGCAACAGAGCUUCAACCCCGCUAGUGACCGUCACCCAGAGCACUACGACACUGCUGUCCUGCUUACUAGACAGGACUUCUGUGGGCACCAGAGCUGUGACACCCUGGGAGUGGCUGACAUCGGCACCAUGUGCGACCCCAACAAAAGCUGCUCUGUGAUUGAAGAUGAGGGUCUCCAGGCUGCCUACACCCUGGCUCAUGAACUAGGACACGUGCUCAGCAUGCCCCAUGAUGACUCCAAGACCUGUGAGAGGCUCUUUGGGCCCCUGGGAAAACACCACAUGAUGGCUCCUUUCUUUGUCCACUUGAACAAGACCCUGCCCUGGUCCCCCUGCAGUGCCAUGUACCUCACAGAGUUUCUGGACGGGGGACAUGGUGACUGUCUGCUUGAUGCUCCAGCUGAACCCAUCGUCCUCCCCACAGACCUUCCAGGCCAACUCGCCAUGUACGACCUGGACCGCCAGUGCCAGCAGAUUUUCGGCAAGGAGUUCCGGCACUGCCCAAACACUACGGACGGGGACAUCUGUGCGCAGCUGUGGUGCAGAAUAGACACUAGGGAGCCCCUGUGUCACACCAAAAAUGGCAGCUUGCCGUGGGCAGACGGUACGCCCUGUGGAGUAGGCAGGCUGUGCUGGGAUAGCAGCUGCGUGGCACAAGAUGCGAGGAAGCCCCAGCCUGUGGUGGAUGGGAACUGGGGCCCCUGGAGCCCAUGGGGAGCCUGUUCCAGGACAUGCGGAGGAGGAGUGCACUUCUCGUACCGGGACUGCAAUGACCCCGCACCUCAAAAUGGUGGAAAAUACUGCGAGGGUCAGAGAGCCAAAUAUCAGUCAUGCUGCACAGAGGAAUGCCCGCCAGAUGGGAAGAGCUUUAGAGAGCAGCAGUGCGCAAAGUACAACAGCUACAACUUCACAGAUCUGGAUGGGAAUCUGCUAGAGUGGCUCCCCAAGUAUUCCGGGGUGUCCCCCCGGGACCGUUGCAAGCUCUUUUGCCGAGCCAGAGGGAGGAGCGAAUUCAAAGUAUUUGAGGCCAAAGUGAUCGAUGGGACGUUAUGUGGGCCAGAGACCCUCUCCAUCUGCGUUCAUGGGCAGUGCAUCAAGGCUGGCUGUGACCACGUGGUUGGCUCCUCCAAGAAGCUGGACAAGUGUGGGGUGUGCGGUGGCAAUGGGUCGACAUGCAGGAAAAUAUCUGGCUCACUCAACAGAUCCAAGUAUGGAUAUAAUGACAUCGUCACAAUCCCUGCUGGAGCUACCAACAUUGACAUCAAACAACGCAGCCACCGAGGGGUCCGGCACGAUGGAAACUACCUGGCUUUGAGAACCCUGGAUGGCAAGUACCUCCUGAAUGGAGAUUUUGCCAUUUCAGCCAUGGAACAAGACCUCCUGGUGAAGGGGACAAUCCUGAAGUACAGUGGCUCUCUGACAACCCUGGAGCGGCUCCAGAGCUUCCAGCAGCUUCCGGAAUCUCUCACUGUCCAACUGCUGACCGUCUCCAGUGAGGUCUUCCCGCCCAAGGUGAAGUACACUUUCUUCCUCCCCAAGGACAUCCCUUUUAGCAAGCAGAAGGUCAAGGAAAAGAAAUCAGCCAACAUCAUCCAGCCCAUGCUGACCUCGCAGUGGGUUAUGGGAGACUGGUCCGAGUGCUCCAAAACCUGCGGCUCUGGCUGGCAGAGGCGAACGGUGGAAUGCCGGGAUGUGGAGGACCAGGCCUCCACCACCUGCGACAAGGCUCUGAAGCCUGAGGACAUCAAGCCUUGCAGCGACCUCCCAUGCCCCAUUUGGCGUCUCGGCCCCUGGUCGCCAUGCUCCCGAACUUGCGGCGAGGGAGUGCGGACGCGGAGCACCACCUGCAUUGACUACGCAGGAAAGAUCAUAGCCCCUGAGAAAUGCAGCUUGCCCCUGCCCCAGGCAGCGACCACCACCUGUGUGCUGCAAGAAUGCUGAGCCAAGGCAGGCCUAGUGCAUCGGAAACACAUAACGUAGCCAACUACUAACCAGACCAGACCUGACUUGGCAAGUCAAGCAGGGAUGUAGGUUUAAAAGUGAAUGUGCACUAAUUGACCUGAGCAGGCCUCCGGGGGCAGACCUGCUUGGUAGACUCUUUUCUGGUUCCAUCCCCCACCAAUAGACAGCUACCUCAGAAGGGGGGGGAAAUAGUCCGGGGGAAGGGAGGAGUCCAGUGAUUUAUUUUUACUGAUCAAUAGCAAAUUAUUUUUAAUUUAAGGAGCAAUUAAUCAUAUUCUAGGCUAUUUCCCAAAAGGAUGACCUGAGUUUCAGCCAUGCCCACCAAUUCUCCAUUAUUUACCAUAUGUGGCCUGAGAGACUCAUCUGCAGGGAGGCUGAGGGGUAGGAUAGCCGCACCCCCUGGCUUGAAGGGGUUUCCAUUACAUUUAGGGUUUACAAUUUGGUUCAAUGACUCUCAGCACCCCCACUAUACAAAUUGUUCUAGCACCCCGGAGUUUAACACAGAUUUGUUUGUUUUUUAAACCGGUAUGGGACGAAGGGCCUGAUCCUGCCGCCAUUACUCAGGUAGAAUUCCCAUGCUCUUCAGUAAAGACUGUGGGAGUAGACAGGACCGGCACUAGGAGUUUUACUGCCCUAGGCACACGGCCAUUUCUCCGCCCCCCGUGCCCUGGUCCCGCGGCUCUGGUGGAGCUGCCGCAGUCGUGCCUGUGGAGGGUCCGCUGGUCCGCGGCUCCGGUGGAGCUGCCGCAGUCGUGCCUGCGGGAGGUCCACCAGAGCCGCCUGCCACCCCCUCCAGCAAAAUGCCGCCCAUCUAUAAUCCUGGCGCCCUAGGUGAUUGCCUAGGCCACCUAAAUGGAAGCGCCGUCCGUGCGAGCAGAAGCUUUAAACAUGACCUUAUACUAAUUUGGCAAAUUCCAUUAGGGUUUGUUACUACAGAGGGGCUUAAGCUGCACAAUUUCGAACCUCUGCCUUGUCUCAACUUCAGUGGUGUUCAGAGCUGGGGCUUUGGUUGAGCCCAUUUGAAGCUCGGCCCCUUUGCAAAACUUCUGUGGAUCAUGGUUCCAAUUUCAGUCCCCUUUAUCCCAAAGUUUGGGGGUGUUUGGAUCCAGGGGGCUUGUUCAGGGCCAUCUCUAUUCCUAGAUGGUUAUAUACAGCCAUCCACCAUCUGAAUAGAUGAAAGGAGAGGGGACAAAAUCGGUCCAUCAGAGGUGCACAAAUGCAGUGGAAGCCCCAUGAAAAGCCAGCCUGCAAAGUCAAAUCCAGCAUUGCACAUGCCCAUCUGAACCUCUCCGACUUGUGUCUCUCAGUUAGCUUGCACAGACAACCAAUGAACUGUCACAAGAGGCAGAGUGUUGUGAGUAGGGAACUGAGCUCUAGCUACUCCUGAGUCUAAAGGACACUAAUUCCUUUAUGCAGCCUUAGAUGAGUCACUGUAAAACGGGGUUAUUGGCACUACCCUGAUUCACAGGAUGUCAUGAGGGUUAGCUGACGUUUGUACAGUGCUUUGAAGGUAAAGAGUGAAAUGUUUAUUGCAUGAUAUAUAGCUAGAUGCUGCAUCUAAACUAUGCCCUGUUUCCUUGGGCACAGAAACCCUCCUUGGUUUUCAGUCAAUUCUCCCAUCACUUUGCCCUAGUAUUGUCCUCCAUCUGACCAGUCUGGACUAGGACAUCUAAAACAGCUUCUCCCAAGGCUGGAGUCUUUUUUAUUUUUUUCCCCAGCAGGAAUUGCUGCCAGAGCUAAGUAACACAGCCAGCUCUUCUCUCUCCGACCCAGAUGUUGUCUAUCCCCAGUGCAGACAUCUGGCCAGUCUCUGAACUUUCACCUUUUGAAGCAAGUUCCCUGUGCUACACAUCCGGUGAGACUGAUCAGACCUGGCAGCAGACUGUCUUUAGGGAAAAUUUGCAAAUUUACUUUUCGUCAAAGUUUCUCAAUAGGGAAGCCUCAUAUUACCCAGAAGUACCCUGGGGACUCCUGAGCAUCCUUCUCCCUUUUGAUGCUCUCAUUCUGUCUCUCUUGUGUGUACGGCUUCCAUUUAAUUGUUGGAAACAAACCCCAGAGAACUAAAAGAGUCUCCAUUUGUCUGUCUGUCUCAUGUGUGUCCUUUUCUAAUUAGGGCUGGGUGGCCCUCCUGGAGGAUAAGAUUCUGUGAUCAUUGAAAACUAUUUGGGGGAGGGAAUGGGGUUCUCAAACCUAUUGACCCUAUUUUCCCUGUAUUUUAAUUCUAGGUUUUUCUAGCAAAAGCAAAGCCCGUACUAUAGGAAGGGGCAUGCCAGCAUUUCCCCAUCAGAACAGUGGCAAGAGCAGGUUACUAGGACUAGGAGGCAGGAUUCCUUGGUUCUGUUCCUAGCUUUGCAGCUGCUUUCUGACCUUGGGGAAAUCACUUCUGUUCUCUGUACCUCUGAGCCUAGGUCGAUUGACUCGGCCUUACAGGGAUUGGCUGUGGGGCUGCAAAUGGCAACACAGAGGUUUGGGCUCAGGCUGGAGCCCAAGCUCUAAGAUCCACCUCCCCUCCCCUUUUAGGGUCCCUGAGCCUGAAUGUCUACACUGCAAUUUUUAGCCCCACAGACUGAGCCCUGCAAGCCCAAAUCAGCUGACGCAGGCCAGCUGCAGCCAUGCCGCAGGUCUUUCUCUCUAUAGAAGAGACCUGGCUGAGGUCAGCUCCUUAAAGGUCAGCAACAUACUCUCAUUCUUUAACAAUAUUUGAUGAGGCCGGGAGGAAGCUAUUUUAGCCACAGAUGUCAGCACUGAGUGGGUGGGCGGCUGCAGAGCCCUUGUAAGAGCCAUUCUUUUAUUUAUUUAUUUUUUUCGUUGUUGUUGUUAUUAUUAAUCUUCCAGAAAUUGACUCAUGCAGAAUGUUCUCUGGCAACCUCCUUAGGGGUGUGCCCCAAGACAACUUCCACAGUGGGGUCACCAUUUUUUCCUGCAGUCAGUGACCUUUCAAACAAAAGCUGCUACGUGUGCUGCUGCUAUGGGGCGCCCCAGCCUUUACCCACUCUCUGCAUAAACUAGCGUUAAUUUACUGCUAGCUUGGCCCACAUGAAAGGGAGGCCCUUGCCUGAGGCCCUGUUAAACAGCCAUGCCAAGGAAAAGGGGAAGGGACUUGACUCUUCCACCUUGGAAUGGAGUUGAGACAAUGAAAGCGAAGUCAGUUUUGUUCACCUUGAAUAAAGAAGUCUGCCUGCUGGCUGCCCCAUAUUUAACGUAAGGGACAGCAGGAAUAGGAGAACUGCUAAAACCAACAGUUUGGUUCUUCAGUUAAACUCUAGAACUUUCUUUUAGGAAAUCUAGCUAGCUCGCUCGACGGUGUAUGGUUAAAUCCUCGGGUUGCAUUUGAAUAUCUCAACCAGUAUCUCAAUACUGGGCUGAACCAAAAUACCAGAUCCAAAAGUUCCUGAUUUAAGUGUUCAAAAUCCAGAUCCAAAAGUAUGGCAUAUUCACCUUUGGGGUUUGGAUCUAGACCCUUAAAGAGAGGUUUGACUUUGAACUCUUAUCAGAAGUUAGAGUAAGGAGGGCUGGUUUCUACCCAUCUCUUAAUAAGAACUGACCCAAACCUGAGCCCCAAACCUGAGCUGAACCCAGAUAGAACCUUAGCACUGCUGCCUCUUCGUUUCUAGAUUCUGGGUGCAGAUGCGCCAAAAUACCAUGAGAAAGGCUGUUUGUACCAGUAAUCUUUCCAGAAAGCCUGUCCUCACCAGACAUCUAGCUUAAUUUUGAAGACCUAGAACGUUCAGGCCCUGAUCUUCCUCCAGCAGGAUAUAGAUAACUCCCAAUGAAGUUAUUCUUAACCUGGGGGUUUAGCUGGAGGGAAGAGAAGACCCCUGCUGAUCUGGUUGUUUCCUUUAAUCAAACCACAGAAUCUCAAGUUUGCUCUCCUCCAGAUAUGUUGGGAAAUCUUUACAAAUCCUCAUUGGCUUCCCUUCGCUGAUCUGAGAAUGUCUGCAGAGCAGGUCAUGAACUCAAUAGUGCCCUCCUCCAAUAUCAUUUUACCGGCAUGUUACACAAUAUAUAAAACGGUCAGACCCGAGCCAGAGGGUGCACGUCAGGAUUCGGACUCUGAAAAAGUUCACAGCAUGAGGGAUCCAGCAUUUCUAUUAGGCCCCUUUAUGGAGGUAAUGGACAGCUGCAAAGUUUGGAUCCAGUGCUGAAUUUCCCCAGAGUUUGAGGUUUAAUUCAGGCCUCUCUAAUGAAAUAUACACAGAACGCUGCUCUAUCUCCAGGAAUUUAAACCAUCUCACAUGCUCCAGCAAAUAGUUGGAUGCUGAAGUCAUGCUUUCUUGCUUUGGUAUUUUUUUUUUCCUUCACGUGUGUAAGUGUUUAACUCAAAAGCAGCUACGUGUCUUUUCUCCAAGGUUGUAGUGCCUAUUUGAGAUAGGUCAGAAAUUGCAGUCUGAGAUUUCCCUGAGAGUGUGCCAAGGAAAACAUAUGCACUAAUAAUGAAGCUCACACUGGUGUCAAACAAGCAGAGAGAUCUCCUCUGUUUACGCCCAUGGCGCAGUUCAUUAGCUAGAACUUCUUGCAUGUGUAAGUUCCCGGUUACAGACAAAUCCCAAUCAGCAUGAUCUUUUUGAUUAACUCCCCAAUUGCUUUCUAGCUCUAGUCCUAAUAGUGUGUAAGAGGACUGUUCGUCCCCAGUUCAGUAAGGUACAUCUGGCAUUAAGCCUGUGAGUAGUCCCAGGGACUUCAAGUGAGUUUAAAGUUAAGCAUGGGUUUCAGCGAUUUGCUGGAUCACGAGGGAGAGAAUGCAUCUGUGGUAUAUAAAGCUCUGUUGAAAAAAUACCAUGGUGUUUUGCUGUGUUGGUCCCUGAUAUGGAAGUAACAUCAUAGCAAGCAUUUGCACUGGUACUGUUGUUUUAUAUUCAGCACAGGCCUGUGUCUCUAAGCUUGAAGUGGGCAUUCUUUACAGCAGCUGCAUUCCUGCUCCUGAAGGCUAAUAGUUUAACGCCAGCAUGUGAGGUCCAGCCCUGACCACUGAAAAGUAAAGCUAACCUCGAGGUGACAAGGGCAGGAAACCUGCCAGUUCCUCAUUCACGCCAAUGUCAAUCCUGUCUAUUUUAAGCAGACCUUUUUGGUCUCUUGUUCUCACUCUUCUAGUUACCGUAGAUUGAGAUUCACUCUCAGCACAAAAUUUGGAUCAAGAUCAGAACUUCUUCAUGGGGUGUUUUGAUCCUGGGCAUUGGGGCCCAGGUCUGAUACAUACAUUUCACUGGGUGAUGAUUGUUUUGGAAUUCCUGACCUAUCCUUCUCUUAGAAACAUGUAGCAUUUAUGGUGAUGUAAGUCAAAUAAGUUAUAUAUAUAGAGAGAGAUGUAUAUAUGUUUCCCUUCAGUGAAGGAUUGUAGCAGUGUACUGAUCCUCUUCUGUAAGAUAUUUAUUAUGAAUUUUUGUUUUGUACAGUAACUGUCUGAAAAGAAGGUGUGACCAUUUGUGUUUUAAGAUGCUGCUGCUGUCCUCCCCCAUCCCACACCCGCAGUGGAGUUUUGGGGGAGGAAAUCUCGCUAAUCUUUCUAACUGCUUAGUUACACAACUCGUAUCUCACUACUGUUUGGUGUGCAAAUCAGGACGCGAUUUCCAAUCAAGCUUUGUAAUCAUAACAAACCAAUAGAAAUAAACGUUCUAAUUUUAUUUUAACAAAGAAACAUUUUCUUGUUUUAUCCUGGGUUUUGUUCCGUUUUGUUAAUCUUUGAAAAUGGAUAGUCCAAUUGUAAUGCUAGCCUUUAUCUCUUAAUAAAGGACUUCCUGGAAAUUA